AACAAGCACUCUACAUUCUGGAGCUAGAAAUCGGUUCGCCUUUACUUUGUGAGUUCCAGCCAAGCCAAUAUUAAGGUAUUUAAUAUUCCACUCAGUUUACAUUUUAAUUUUUUUUAGUUUCAUAUUAGAAUAUUGUCACAGUCUGCUUUCAAUCAACAGCAGACAAUAAGAUUCGAAAUGGCUCAGCUUUUAUCAACAUGCUUCUUAGUUUUGAUAUCAGUGCAACUGGUCAAAUCCUCUGCUGUGUUUGAGUUGAAAGUGCACUCUUUCACAACUACCAGUAGCAGUGUGUGUAAACAGUCCAGAGACUGUCAGGUUUUUUUCCGUGUUUGCCUGAACUACACGCAGGACGUCAUAUCAUAUAGACUGGCAUGUUCAAAUGGCACUGGACUGACAGGAACAUUCAGCUCAGACCAGAGCUCCAUCUCCACUAGUGCACCAAUAACUGUGCCCUUUAACUUAAAUUGGCUAGGAACAGUCUCGGUGAUAAUUGAAGCAUGGAAUGCAGAGUCUUCCAAUGAUCAGCCAACAGAGAAUCUAAACAAUAAGAUUGGCCACUUCGCCACCAAAAUAAAUCUUACUAUUGGUCAGAAAUGGUCCCUAGGAGAGCAUAUAGGAGAUCAAAGUGAGCUACGCUUUUCCUGA